UUUGAUACAGUUGAACAAUUAAUUUUUUGAAAUAAUCGAAUCAGGAAAUAUUGAUAAUAUUGAUAUGGUUGAAUGAUUGAUUUUUUGGAAUAAUCAAAUCCGAUUUUUGAUUGUUUUAAGCUGGUCGUUAAACUUAACUCUUAAACCUUGUCUUCGGGUUGAGAGAGGGCUAGGCCUACUAGCCUAAACAGGACAGAAUAUUUAAAACAUCUUUGGAUAGUUGCGAUUCAUUCUUGUGGGAGGAUUAGUUUAUAUAACAAUGUCGUCAAGUUUGGAACCCGAUUAAUCAGAAAAAUAUGGCAUUUUGUGAUUUUUGUUUCCAUUACCGACAAAAUGGAUUUAAAUGUGAGAGGAUUUAUCAUUGAAUGUUUUGUAGAGGUUCAUCAACUUCUGACAUAAUUUUAUAGUUGUCCAACCAUUGAGGUUUGAACAUUUGUCAAAAGUCGCUAAACUUGACAUUUGGCAUUGGAAAAUGUGAACUGAAAUGUCUUUUUGUGGUAAAAAAACAAAGUCCGAGCGAAGACGAACCCAGAGUGAAAGAUCUCUACAUAGAUACAGUACUUAUGAAUUGUCGCAAACUCAUGAUAGUCUCUUCCACUGCCCUUGUAAUGUAUUACAGCCCAUGGUUCCAUUCACGAAUGACCGUGUGAACAAUGUUUGCGGACAUAUCGACACAUGUAACUGUGAUUCAGUUGCUUCGUUGGUUCCCAUGACGUUACAUUUAUCCAUGAAAAAAGAAAUCGAUGGGGAUAUUUAUCGUUUAACGGUUAUUAAAGAUAAGUGUAAUAAUGAUCAGAUAUCAUUGUUUUUAAAUAUUCCACUAGUUGAACAGGAAGGGGAAGAAAUUAAAUAUAUUAUCCUCUCAGACACGCAACAUCAAGUAGAGAUAACAAGAGAUGGACGAAGAAGAAAAGUUAUUUUUGAGUUGGAAGAUUUGAAGCUAGCUGAGGAGUUUACGAGAAAAUUGUCUAAAUUAUUAGAUAAACUUGUAAAAGACGAGAAAAUAACCAGUUUUAACCUUUGUUCAAAUUCAAUCAAAUGUCAGGAUGCUAACGGUUCUUUGAGGGAAAUGAACAGGAUGGAUGCACCUCGUCCCUGUACCUUGAAUAGAAUGGCCGGCACUGGCGAGUCUGUCUCUUCAUUAGCGCCAGACAGACCGUUCAACUUAAAACCGUUAUCGUACGAACAGGUUCAAGAGAUCAGUAAGGAAUUAAUGGCAGCUGUUAGUUUGGGUUGUACCGAUAAAGCGAGCCAGUUAGCAGCAAGAUUAGCAGCAGAAAAAAUUAAAAUAGAUAUUACGGUGGAUGAGGAUUCGGUAACCAAGGCAGUGGAGCAAUUUUCUUUAAAAAUACAUGUUGAAGACCGAGAGACAAGCGCUGCUAUAAAUUUGAAAGUUUUCCAAUCGGAUACUGUUGGAGAAUUAAAAAUGAAGUUAAUGGUCAAGUAUAAUUUUCCUAUAGAAGUUCAGAGGUGGAUAAUAGGGAAAAAGUUACCAGAAGACAAUGAAACAUUGUAUCAACAUAGAAUACGAGGACCGGGGUACACCGUAUAUGUUUAUUUACUGAAGGCUAAAUCUGUUAACUUGACUCUACCAGAAUACGAACAACAACGUUCAGCAAUGUUAGGGGGUAGUUUUAGACAUGAUGAAAACAGAAGUGUGUCAUCGGAAUUACCAACAGGAGAUUAUGUCUCCAUGAAAAAUGCAACUCGACGAAAUCCUGGAUGUCAGCAGCCUAACCAGUCGAAUGCACACAUAUACGUAAAUGAUGCUGUUGUUGGUGGUGCCAAAGGCGGAGCUGUUGGUGGUGCCGUUGGUGGUGCUGUAGGUGGUGCUGUUGGUGGUGUUGCUCCGAGAGUGCCUGUAGGCGGUGCUGUAGGCGGUGCUAUUGGGGGUGCUGUUGGUGGCGUAGCGCCGAGAGUGCUUGUAGGACCAACUAUAAGCAUACCAGAUGAUAAUAUAUAUGAAUCCAUGUAUGCUGCACCAUUUGAAAAAAAAAUAAAUAAUCCGGAAGGAUGGGUGUGUCCAGCGUGUACGUAUAUCAACAUACCAACUCGGCCAGGCUGUGAAAUCUGUGCCCACAGUCGACCUGAUGAUUAUAGAGUACCAGAGGGGUACGUUCCAGCACCGGAAGAGCAGGAACGAAUUCUACAAGAAGAGGCCUUAGAACGACAGAUUCGAGAGAGAAAUGAAGCAGAAAGAUUACAAAGAUUUUCAGAAUUACUCGUAACAGAUGACAUUGAUCUGAUAUCGAAUUCUGAGGUGUUUGAUUGUCCGAUCUGUUUCGAACGUAUUGCCAUUGGUGAUGGUGUGGUACUUAGAGAUUGUCUACAUAUGUUCUGUAGGGAGUGUUUAAUGGGAGCCGCCCAACAUGCGGAAGAAGCAGAAUUAAAAUGUCCAUAUCAGGAUGAGACAUACACGUGUGAAUCUGUGAUGCAAGAAAGAGAAAUAAGAGCAUUAGUGAAUGAUCAGAUAUUCCAACAAAUAUUACAGAGAAGUUUAACGACGGCAGAAAGUCAGGCAACCAAUAGUUAUCAUUGUGCCACCACAGACUGUCAUGGCUGGUGUAUUUACGAAGAUCUCGUUAAUUUCUUUCUGUGUCCGGUGUGUAAUAAAGAGAACUGUUUAACUUGUAAAGCGAUACACCAAGGUCAGAACUGUCAACAGUAUCAGGAGAAUUUACAGAUAGCAGCUCAUAAUAAUAAGACAAUUAGACAAACUAAACAUUACCUCGAUAAUAUGGUUGAUGCUGGUGAAGCCAUGCACUGUCCACAAUGUAGUAUCAUCAUCAUGAAGAAGGAAGGCUGUGAUUGGGUAAAGUGUUCAUGUUGUAAAACAGAAAUAUGUUGGGUGACUAAAGGUCGAAGAUGGGGUCCACUAGGUGAGGGAGACACAUCUGCAGGAUGCCGAUGUAAUGUUAACGGUCAUAGAUGUCACGUUGAUUGUAAUAAUUGUCACUGACCUACACCUUGGUCUCACCAUGGUAACAGACUUGAGGAUUUUUACCUGUCCUUAGUGCAAUGCUUUGAAACAUUUCCAAAUUUGGUUUGUCAUUGUUGACUACAAUGGACUAGCCCAUUAAAGUUGUCAGUUCUGUUGACUAUAAUGGACUAACCCAUUAGGAUUAUCAGUUCUGUCGAUUGUAAUGGACUAGCCCAUUAAAGUUGUCAGUUCUGUUGACUACAAUGGACUAAACCAUUAAAGUUGUCACUUCUGUUAGCUACAAUGGAAUAACCCAUUAAAGUUGUCACUUCUGUUAGCUACAAUGGAAUAACCCAUUAAAGUUGUCAGUUCUGUCGAUUAUAAUGGACUAACCCAAUAAAGUCGUCAGUUCUGUUGAUUAUAAUGGACUAGCCCAUUGAGGUUAUCAGUUCUGUUGAUUAUAAUGGAGUA